AACCAGUUAUCGGCUGGUGUGUGAUCAGUGAGCAAGCAAGCAAGCCAGCAAGCAAGCCAGCCAGCAAGCCAGCAAGCAAGCGGAACCAGUACUAAAAGCAAGGCGAUGUCGGAAAUCUGGGGAUACGGAGUAGACAACGGUCCGGUCCACUGGGCAGGCAAAUUCCCCGUGGCUAAGGAUGGUCGCCGGCAGUCGCCCAUCGAGAUCAAGAAUGCGGAAACCAAGCACGACCCGGCUCUGACCGAGCUGAGCCUCAGUUACGACCCGUCUAGCGCCAAGAGCCUCGUCAACAACGGCCACUCGGUCCAGGUGGAUUUCGACGACAGCGAAGAACGGUCGGUUUUGUCGGGUGGUCCCAUUCAAGGUAAAUAUAGGCUUCGUCAGUUCCACUUGCAUUGGGGAGCCCAUGACGGACAAGGCAGUGAACAUGUAGUAGAUGGAGAAGCUUUCUCUGCAGAGCUCCACCUGGUACACUGGAAUGCAGAUAAGUAUGAGAGCUUUGAAGUAGCGGCUCAAGCACCCGAUGGCUUGGCUGUGAUCGGCGUCUUCCUAAAGGUAUCUAAUCAUAAUCCAGCGUUGAAAAGACUUAUCAGUUCCCUGGAUUGUGUUCAAGAGAAGUGUUCAAGAAUUGAGUUCAACGACUUUAAUCCUCACACGCUACUGCCGCCAUCGCUUCAAUUUUGGACUUACCUAGGAUCUCUGACAACGCCUCCUCUGUAUGAAAGUGUCAUCUGGAUUGUCCUUAAGGACCAUAUUCCUAUCAGCAAGGAACAGAUCGCCAGGUUCCGCACCCUGCAGUUCACGGGGCCAGACCACCUCAUGAAGGAUAACUUCCGCCCUCCCCAGCCUCUGAAUAACAGGGAGGUGCUAAGAAACUUUCAAUGAGGACGAGGAUUUGCACACGACCAGCAACUUGCAUUCCUGAACUAAUCUGAGCAACAGUCUGUCACCAUCCUUCUGUUCCCUUUCCCCAUGCAGUUAGAAUGAGUGUAGUGGGCAGCCAUCUCCGAGCACAAACAAACAUGGUUUAUAAGAUUAUGGCUGUCAAGGCUUCUGUAUCUCCAUGAAUCUUGCCACUUCGAAUCUAAAAUGAAUUAGUUUGUAUUGAAAAUGGGACUUGAAAGUCGUCUAAAUGAGUGAAGGAUUAAUUAAUAGCACUGAAUAUAUUUUCCAAGCUUUAAAUGAAAUUGUUUUUUUCUCUGUGAUGUUACCUACAGGAUAAUUUACAAAGCUAAUUAUAUUAAAUGUUUUUAAAAAGAACUCAUUCACAAAAUGGUCGUUUGACCAAUGCAAUAAGAGUUAUAAGCCAUAGGAAUGAGUCAAUAAAUGUGUUACACUGCC